UUGCUUUGGGGAACUGUUGUUGCAGAUUCGGUGGUCAGACGCUGCAGUAUUUUUUUUUGAAUUGCAGGCUUUGCAUGACCUUAGAAUGCAGUCAUUGUGGACGGCAUAUUUCUUAAUAGCUCAGGCACACCAGCCUUUUCCUCGCUUUAUCUGCGUGGAGUGGAUCGGCUGGCCCACCGAAAUCUGGUGGCCAGCCCAAAGGUAAAAUGGUUUCGAAAAGUGGUCGACUGAAGGAGAUCGCGAAGAAUCGCUGGUCCUUUGCAAUAAAAGACUACUCAAUGGCUUGACUAUCCAUUCUGGUGCGUUGCGUUCGCGUGAUGUUCAUGGACAGGUUCCAAGAGUUUGUGCUUUCAUCCCUGGCUAGUUCGACUGUUGCCGAGCAACUGCUCACACGCAAAUGGGAUCAAGAGUCCGUUCUGACCAUAGAGGCGAAGGUGGCCUCAAGAUGCUGCCAGUCUUCAUCUUGGCAAGGGCAGAAAGUUGUCUACCAAACAGAUUGUUCCCCAUUUGCCAGACGGAACAAAGAAACGAUGCAAUGCAAAUACUAUAUAUACAUGUAUACAUGCCGCAUGUUGUUUGCUCGUUUCUUGCUUUAGUUUCAGUGGCAUUGCGCCUCAGUUAAUCAUCGGCCUGGCGCUGGUGCUUCUCCUGAACUCCUCAUGGCUUGUAGCCCUGAUGAUUGUGGUGGGGCUACUACUAUUUUUUGUCAUCAACCUGAUCAUGCGGCAGGAGUCUAUGCUUUAUGUUCCUUGUGUCAUGCCGGGCAUGCAGACCCCAAGUGACAAUCCUGAAGGCAUGCGAAGCCCAGCUGACAGGGAGAUGCCGUUCGAGGAUGUUUUCCUAGAGACCGUCGACGGUCUGCGAAUACAUGGCUGGUUUCUGCCAGUGGGUGAUGAGAAAGAAACGCGGAGGUCGCCCACGUUACUUUUCUGCCAUGCAAAUGCAGGGAACAUAGGCUUGCGCAUCCCUAAUUUCGAGCAGCUGAUGAAAAGGUUGCGGAUGAACGUUUUUGCGCUGGACUACAGGGGCUUUGGCUUCAGUGAAGGCACUCCAUCUGAAGAGGGCCUCAUUGAGGAUGCCUUGAGCGCCUGGAGAUGGCUGAAGAAGGAGGCGGAAGGUGGCCGCAUUGAUGGUGACCAGCUCUUCGUCUUUGGCCGAUCGCUGGGCGGCGCAGUGGCCAUUGCACUAGCUGCCGAACUGCAGCAGCUUGCGCAGGGGCCAUACCCGCGAGGUCUCAUUCUAGAAAACACGUUCACGUCGAUUAGCGAUGUCGUAAACGCACUGUUUCCGCUCCUAGCGUUUGAGAGUUUGAAGAAGCACUUCCUGCGCAUAAAAUGGGAAAGCAUUCAAAGGGUUCCAGACCUGGAGGUGCCAAUGCUGUUCCUCACAGGUGAAAAGGACGAGAUGAUCCCCCCGGCACACUCUCGGAUGCUUCAUGCUCGAGCAGAGAAGUCGAGGUUGCGACGAAACGUUGUCUUUCCAGACGGCCAACACAAUGAUACCUGGGAGAAGGGUGGUGACGAGUAUUGGAAAGUGCAGGCCACCUUUUUGCAGGAGUGUUUGGCGCAAGACGGCGCCAAGGCACGGCCCAAGAUCGAGGUUGGGCGGAGCGCCUGCGCGACGGCGUCAAGGAACGACACUGAAGAUGGCUGGGAGACCGUUGAUGCAAAAGGCUGAAGCUGCAGACGUGCAGCCCACUUGUGUCGCACAAAGUGAGCCGAAUUUGGCCGAAGGGGGCACGUUGCAAAGUCUCACUGCCCCAAUAGCCCAGAUCCUGGGAGGAGGCUGGAGAAGACAGGCCAAGUUGUCG